AAAUAAAAAGCCCUUGUAUGGUGAAUAUGGUUGUUUUCAAUCUGCUGUUGAAGGCGGUGUGCUCUGUUUCGUAGUUGCAGGAAUCAAAUCUGAAGACUAUUAAAACCAAUAAGUGAAUCCGAUUCUUCUUCUUCCUUCACCAACCAUUCAGGUUGGACAGGUGGAUCCGGCUUAGCUGUGGAUUUUGGACUGAAUGGCUUCCAAUUCUACAUCUGGAAAUGCUUGCCCGGCGCCUAUGAAAGCCACAUCAAAUGGCGUGUUUCAGGGAGACGACCCUCUUGAUUUUGCGCUUCCCCUAGCUAUUUUGCAGAUAUGCCUUGUUCUUGUGGUCUCAAGGGGACUGGCAUAUCUUCUAAAACCCUUAAGGCAACCCAGAGUNAUAGGUUAUGAGGCAAUUGGAGGGAUACUUCUUGGUCCAUCAGCUCUUGGACGGAAUAAAAGCUAUAUGCAGGCAGUUUUCCCACCCAGGAGUAUUACAGUAUUAGACACUCUAGCAAACAUUGGCCUUAUAUUCUUUCUAUUCUUAGCAGGCCUGGAGUUAGAUCUUAAAUCUCUUCGUCAAUCUGGAAACCGAGUCCUUGCUAUUGCUAUGGCUGGAAUAAGCCUACCCUUUGUAAUAGGAAUUGGUUCAUCAUUUGUUCUAAAACAAUCAAUUGCCAAAGGUUCAGAUAGUGCCGCAUUUCUUGUAUUCAUGGGUGUUGCUCUGUCCAUUACUGCAUUUCCUGUAUUGGCCCGUAUUUUGGCUGAGUUAAAACUUCUAACCACAAACGUUGGCAGAACAGCUAUGUCAGCCGCAGCAAUUAAUGAUAUAGCUGCCUGGAUUCUGCUUGCUCUGGCUGUUGCAUUGUCAGGCCAUGAGCGAUCUCCACUUGUGUCAUUGUGGGUCUUCUUAGCGGGGUGUGGUUUUGUCAUUUGUGCAAUAAUCAUUGUCCCUCCAAUUUUCAAAUGGGUGAGCCAACGAUGCCAUGAAGGUGAACCAGUUGAAGAGGUAUACAUAUGUGCUACAUUAGCUGCUGUUCUGGCUGCUGGGCUUGUCACAGAUGCUAUUGGAAUCCAUGCCAUGUUUGGUGCCUUUGUUGUUGGAGUUUUGCUCCCAAAUGAUGGACCGUUUGCCAGUGCUCUUGUGGAGAAAGUAGAGGAUCUUGUGUCUGGUCUAUUUCUCCCUCUCUAUUUUGUGUCAAGUGGAUUGAAGACUAAUGUAGCCACCAUAAAGGGGCUGCAAUCAUGGGGUCUUCUGGCUUUUGUUAUAUUUACAGCUUCUUUUGGAAAGAUUCUUGGGACUUUUGUUGUUUCCCUUCUCUGUAAACUACCUUUUAACGAGGCUCUGGUGCUGGGGUUCUUAAUGAAUUGCAAAGGCCUAGUUGAAUUAAUAGUCCUGAACAUUGGCAAAGAUAGAAAGGUUUUGAAUGAUCAGACCUUCGCCAUCAUGGUUCUUAUGGCUGUUUUCACUACCUUCAUCACCACUCCUCUUGUGAUGGCCGUGUAUAAGCCUGCAAGGAAGGGAGGAAUAGCUGACUACAAAUAUAGAACAAUUGGGAGGAAAAAUGCAAAUAGACAACUGAGGAUUCUCGCCUGCUUCCAUGGUGCAAGAAAUAUUCCAUCAAUGAUAAAUUUGAUUGAGGCUUCAAGAGGAAUCCAGAAGCGUGAUGAUCUUUGUGUGUAUGCAAUGCACCUUAAAGAAUUCUCUGAGAGGUCCUCAUCUAUAUUAAUGGUACAUAAGGCAAGAAGAAAUGGGUUGCCAUUCUGGAACAAAGGUUCUCAUUCACCUUCUAACCAUGUUAUUGUAGCGUUUGAGGCUUACAGGCAACUAAGUCAAGUGUCCAUCCGGCCAAUGACAGCCAUCUCAUCUAUGGCUAACAUACAUGAAGACAUUUGUGCAACUGCUGAGAGGAAGGAAGCCGCAGUCAUCAUUCUUCCAUUUCAUAAGCAUCAAAGUUUGGAUGGUUCACUACAUAACACUAGAAAUGAUUUUCGAUGGGUUAACAAAAGAGUACUUGAGCAUGCACCAUGCUCAGUUGGAAUUUUUGUUGAUCGGGGGCUCGGUGGUACCUCCCAUGUCUCUGCAAGUAAUGUUUCUUACCGUGUUACAGUGCUUUUCUUUGGUGGUGGUGAUGAUCGUGAAGCCCUUGCUUACGGAGGUCGUAUGGCUGAGCAUCCUGGCAUCAGAUUGUUGGUUAUUCGCUUUGUAGUUGAACCACCUAAUGAAGCAGAGAUUUUAAGAGUUGAUGUGGGUGACUCCUCCUCCAGCACCAAAUUAGUCUCACAGGAUGAGCAAUUCCUCGAUGAAUUUAAAGUGAAAACAGCCAAUGAUGACUCCAUCAACUAUGAAGAGAGAAUAGUUAAAAAUGCAGCAGAAACAGUUGCUAUUAUCCGUGAGGUUAAUAGCUCGAGUCUGUUUCUUGUGGGUUCAAGGCCAGUCAGUGAAGUUGCCUGUGCUCUGAAAAGCAGUGAAUGCCCUGAACUAGGACCUGUGGGUGGUUUGUUGGUAUCACAAGAUUACCCCACAACAGCAUCCGUUUUGGUAAUACAACAGUAUAACAACGAUGGGGCGCCAAUAAAUUUGACGCCGGAAAUGGAGGAACAAUUACCCUAUCAGGAUUCAGGUUCUGCUGCAUAACGCUUCUCUUACUGUUUUGGCACACACGUUUGACCUUUUCUGAACUUCAUGCAACUUUGCCUUACAGUAUAUACUUUAUAGUUCAAAAAUUGACCACGAAACAAAUAAAAAAAUGUUUGGAAUUUAAUUUCAUUAGGACUGAAAUUGAUUUAGAAUCAAUAAUUUUACGGUUGGACAGAGUUGUGUAGAGACUUGUGGUGGAAAAUUAAGAUUAUAGCUUCAGUCCAAUUCUCUGUCUAGUUUGGUAAUAAAAUCUACUAGUUGCCCUGUUUAGUUUUUA